CAAUGGAAGUGUCGAAUUAACCAGAGAAAAGUGAGGGGAAAUGAAGAAAUGUUUAUGAUAGGGAGUGAGAAGGUUUUGGAACGUUCGAUGGAUGCUAAGCGCUAAUAAUGAUGUAGACUAUGAUCUAUCUUUUCACUAUCUCCUUUUUCUCUUUUCCUCCCUCAAACACAUGCCAUGCUUCCCCCUCUCUUCUCUCUCAUUUCCUUCGCACACUCUUCCGUACACCCCGGUCCCCGCCACCACCCCCACCCACCCAUCUUCUCUCUUCCACGACGAUCACUCUCUCCUUUCAAUUAACUCAUGUGAGUGAUGACAAGCUCCUUUUUCAGAAAGGAAUUGACUUUCCAAGAACUCAAUGCUGUGGGCAUUAGAAAGUGUCAAUUUUAUAUGUGACUCCAACAACAAGGUAUGGACAUGUUGUGAGCAUAUUAGGCCUAAACAACCCUUCCCUUCUCAACACCACCUUUCCUUUCUCCUUCUUUGAUUUCAGACUCCCCAUAUUUUACAUGGGAAUAGUAAAAAAGAAACACGUACAACAUACCCAAAUAGGCAUAUAGGAGACCUAAACCUAUAGCACCCUCAAUCAAUACAAGAAUAUACCACACCACACACAACCCGAGAAAAGAAAAAUUUGAAGUGCAAACUGCUGUGCAGAGAGCAACAGUGCUAGACUGCUAGCUGUAGUAACAAGGAAAGUAAAGCCUAUAUGAGGGUCCAUUGUGGCCACCUAUGACCACCUAAUUGGCCUAAAACUUUCGACUUUCGAGUUUUCACUUUCAUUUUCUCAGCCUUCUCUAGUUCUGUCUAAUGUAAUGUAAACAGCUUCUAACUUGUUGUAAGUAACCAGUUACCAAUCAAAGCCACUUUUUCUAGUCACAGAAAAACACAGCUGAAAGUUGAGAAUCAAAUCAACCUUUGUCUUCAUUCGGAGUCACGAAAUUUGUUUUCUUUAAAUGGAAACGGUUAUUAAAAAAUCUUGCUUUUUUUUCGGUGUCUGACUUUAAUGUUACACUACACUAAUAUCACAGAUAAUAGGCGGGGAUUACGAGGUGUGAUAUUAAGAUAAGAAAGGAGAGACAUAAACAUUACUAACACUAUCGCCGCUCGUGCGCUUUGGCAAUCUUCAUAUCACAAAAUACAGAUCUCGAGGCAUUUUCAGUUGUUCAUUUGCAGCCAUAUUUGGUUGAGGAGCUUUCUCUUUAGCUUUUGGUGUGGAUAAGGCCAUGGUAGCUUGGGGGGGUUGAUCAUGCUGAAUUUCGGCAUUGUUUGACUUGACAAUAACACGUAAUCCUGGUAUAGUAUCCACUUUGAACUAAGCUUGGACUUUGUUUCUGCUUUGUAUUUGAUGAUAUGAAUAUUCUAUGAUCUAUAUACACUAUUGGGGUGUGUGGAAUUGUUCAUUAGUAUUCUUUGAGUUGGGAGGUUUUGAACUUGCAAAUAAACUGUUGUCAUUUACUCAUUGGUGGUUAGUUGGUUCCUUGUACCUAGGCCAUGGUUUUAAUCUGUGGCAUUUAAUAUUCUACUGUAACUGGGGGGAGAAAUUCGGUCCCUUGAUUGGGAAUUCCCAAUUUUAGGGUCUUGAGAAGUAGUGAAUUGAUAGUUGGGAGAAAGGUUAGAUCUUGAAGGUGAGAUUUUCAUGUGGAAGGUGGUUUGUUUCAAAACUAAGUGUGAGGUAUGCUGGGCUAUGAUGAUGACGAUAUCGAUGUGUUCUUUGACUCAGUGGAUAGUUUGUCAGCUCAAGAUUCUGUUUUAGGCAAAGAAGGGUUUGAUUCUGAAAGGUGUGGUUAUGACGAAAUUUGGGUGAAGGAGCCUGUUAGUGUGAAGGAGAGGAGGGAACGUUUUCUGCAGGGUUUGGGUUUAGCUGAUGCUGCUUCCAAGGUUUGUUCACAAGAGAAAAUGAGCUUUGAUGAUUCGUCCAUCAGCUUGGGAUUGGAGAGGAUCAGGGAGUGCAGUGGGGCAAUCUCAAAUGCUUGCAUUUUGCAUACUGAUCCAGUAGUAUCUGAGAAGUUGAUUCUCUCAGGAGGCAAAGCAGCUUCUGAAGAAAAAGUCUAUUUGGAUGAAGUGAAAGGGUGUUCCCAAGAUGAAGCAGAUGCAAACUUUCAAGGGAAAGUGCAUGAGUUCUCUUCUACAGCUGAGGAGCACAGACCCAGAGAAGCUGAUUCACAAGAAGAAUUUCAGGAUUUUAAUAUGAGUAAAAGAAAGAGGAAAAACUGGUGGAAGCGCUUUGUGAACAUCAGGAAAGGCGGUGAAGGAAAUGCAGGGACAAAUAAAACUCGAAGAAUAAAGGUGAGGCAGAAUAAAAAGAGGUGGCUGGAGUUCAGUGGCCUAUACCUUGGACAAGAGGUUAGAGCACACAAAGGCCUAAUCUGGAAAAUGAAAUUUAGUCCCUGUGGUCAGUAUUUAGCAAGUGGAGGUGAAGAUGGUGUUGUUUGCAUAUGGCGUGUUACAUCACUGGAUAAGUCCAGUAUUUGUUCCACCACAGAAGACAGUACUUCUAAUAGUAAAGUGGAAUGUGACAACUCUUCUCCUCGGAACAAACACUCAAGUCAACCCUUCAUUUUCCUUCCAAAUAGUAUUUUUCAAAUUGAGGAAUCACCACUGCAAGAAUUCUUUGGUCAUUCCAGUGAUGUCUUGGAUUUGGCUUGGUCUAAUUCAGAUAUUCUCCUUUCAUCUUCUAUGGACAAGACUGUCCGCUUGUGGCAAAUUGGUUGUAAUCAAUGUCUAAAUGUUUUCCAUCACAAUGACUAUGUGACAUGCAUUCAGUUCAACCCUGUUGAUGAAAAUUACUUCAUUAGUGGGUCCAUUGAUGGUAAGGUUCGAAUAUGGGGGAUACGUGAAGAGCGAGUUAUUGACUGGGCAGAUAUACGAGAUGUCAUAAGUGCUAUAAGUUACCAGCAAGAUGGGAAAGGAUUUGUAGUUGGUUCUGUUACAGGCACUUGUUGUUUUUAUGUUGCUUCUGGAACAUAUUUCCAGCUUGAGGCACAGAUAGAUGUCCAUGGAAAAAAGAAAGUGUCAGGCAACAAGAUUACCGGCAUUCAGUUCUCCCAAAAAAACAGUCAGAGAAUAAUGAUCACAUCAGAAGAUUCUAAAAUUUGUAUAUUUGAUGGCACUGAGCUUGUUCAGAAAUACAAAGGUCUUCCUAAGUCAGGAAGUCAGAUGUCUGGUUCAUUUACAUCAAGUGGAAAAAAUAUAAUCUCAGUUGGAGAGGACUCCCAUGUAUAUAUUUGGAACUUUGAUGACAUGGGAAAUGCUUCUUCGAAACAGACGAAAUCUGAACGCUCCUGUGAGUACUUUUUCUCUAAAGGUGUUACUGUUGCAAUACCUUGGUCAGGAAUGAAAGCAGAUCAAAGGGACUCUAGUGGUAAUUAUUCCCACCGUUCUUCAGAAAUGCCAACCCAACAGCUAGAGGUUGCCCCUGAGACUAGAGAUCACGAACUUUUUUCUCUUGGUAAUUGGUUCGCCACUGAUGGCUCGUGUCGAGGUUCUAUGACUUGGCCUGAGGAGAAACUUCCUAGCUGGGAUUUACCUAUAGCAGAAGAAGACCAGCAGUUAUCUCACAAAGAUAAUUGCCAUGACAGAAGUGUAUCAGAAACAUGGGGACUAUCAAUUGUGGCAGCUGGUUGUGAUGGAACUAUCAAGACAUUCCACAACUUUGGAUUGCCCGUUAGGCUUUAAUUAAGAGAAUGCCAUGUUUAUGUUGGUAUUGAAUAACCAUGUAAAUGCCAUGGUUAUGUUGGUGUUGAAUAACCAUGUAACUACUAUUUUGGGAUCGUUUAUUCAGCCACGAUGCCUUCCAUGUAUGAGAACUUUAGCCACUUAUCCAUUAAGGCUUUGCUUGCUAAAGGUGGAAAAUUUACAACGGUGUUUUAUGGCCUUAGAAUCCAAUAUAAGUGGCUCAAAAUGUGGGAAGACGGAAUUUGAAGCUCAUGGUAUCUUGGCCAUUGCCUCUGCUUAUAUGAUGAUAAUUGCUAAAUCCAUGUUGAAUCUCAAGGCUCUUGACAUGUUCUAGAAAUUUGAACACUUAACACUUGUGAUAUGUCUCUAGUUUAAUGUGGCGAAGUCAGGCCACAGACCUCGCGAGAAUCCUAAUCUCUUUUUUCCCAUUCUCACAUUGUGAUUAGAUGAUUUAUACAGCAGGUACAAAUUUUAAAAUGAAAUUGAAAUUUAUUCAAUUUA